AUGGUGACACAUUUUGAGAACUACACAAUCACUGAAUUCAUUCUUCUGGGUUUGCUGCAAUAUACUCCAACUCACUUUUGUGUUUUUGCACUUAUCACUGUGAUGUUCAUCUUCACACUUAUUGGAAACAGUCUUUUAAUUUUGCUGAUCUUAGUAGACCCUCAUCUUCACACUCCUAUGUAUUUUUUUCUCUGGCAACUUUCUCUCAUUGACAUCUUUUUCACACUUGCUAUUGUCCCCAAGAUGAUGACUGACUACCUUCUGCAUAUGACAGUCAUCUCCAUUUCUGGCUGUGGUACUCAGAUCUUCCUGGGGUUGGCCCUAGGUGGAGCUGAAUGCAUACUUUUAGGCCUCAUGUCUUAUGACAGAUAUAUUGCAAUAUGCAAACCUCUACACUACCCACUCAUCAUGAACUGGCCUCUCUGCAGGCAGAUGGCUAUUAGCUCAUGGACCAGUGGUGCUUUCAAUGCUUUGAUACAUACUGUUUACACCAUGAGAUUCCCUUUCUGUGGGCCCAGAGAAAUCCAUCAUUUCUACUGUGAACUUCCUGGUGUUUUGCGUCUUUCCUGUGAGGACACCUUGACCUAUGAGACUGGGGUGUUGAUCAGCACUACCAUUCUUCUUCUUAUUCCAUUCUCAAUAAUUCUUGUCUCUUACACACUCAUCCUAGUUACUAUCAUCCAAAUGGCUUCCCAUGAGGGCAGGAAGAAAGCAUUCUCCACUUGUUCAUCUCAUUUGAUAGUGGUCAGCUUGUAUUAUGGUGCCAUCAUCUUUAUGUAUAUGCGGCCAAUCUCUUCCCAUACUCCAGGACAAGAUAAAGUUGUAUCAGUUUUCUACACUAUUCUGACACCUAUGCUCAACCCUAUGAUCUAUAGUCUUAGAAAUAAGGAUGUGAUGGGAGCUCUGAGAAAAAUCUUAUGGAGGUGUUCAUUAUAUUUUAAAAUGUGA